CCGGCCGCUCCUUCCCUCCUCGCUUCCUCCCCACAGCUGGCUGCCUUUUCUCUCUCUCUCUCUCUCUCUCUCUCUCUCUCUCUCUCUCUCUCUCUCUCACUCUCACUCUCUAUGAUGCUGUCUUGUAUUUUCUCUCUCUCUCCCUCACACACACACACGCGCGCACACACACCGGAGCAAACACUUCGUUGGGCGGAAUGACUGACUACCUGUUUUGCAUGGUCUAAAUUUCGGGAGGAAUUUGGCUCGUCGGAAAGGAGAGAGGGAGUCAGUCCAGAGGGAGAGGGGAGAAAAAGAAGAAGGAGGUUCUCCAUCCUCCUCUCCUCCCGCGAGGGAAUUUAUUUCACAGAGAUAUGCCAGUGCCUGAGGUGGCGUCUGACACUGCCUGCGCUGCCGCCAUGUUGAGCCCUGUCCUCAAUGCCUCCAACGGAGACGGCUCCGAGUCCGAAACCACAUCCGCGAUCCUCGCUUCAGUCAAAGAACAGGAGUUGCAGUUUGAACGUCUGACCAGGGAACUGGAAGCCGAACGACAGAUUGUUGCCAGUCAGCUGGAGAGAUGCAAGCUUGGCUCUGAGACAGGAAGCAUGACGAGCAUCAGUUCAACAGAUGAAAAAUUCCGCUGGAACAACCAAGAUGGACAGAAGGACAUAGAAGAGGAGUUGACAACAGGCCUGGAGCUGGUGGAUUCCUGCAUUCGAUCACUUCAGGAGUCAGGCAUCUUGGACUCACAGGACACUUCGGCAGGAGACAGACAAGGACUCCUGUCGCAAAGUGCUCUACAGCUCAACAACCAGGAUGCCUAUGCGGGAGCUGGUUACCAUAGUAACCAAGGCCUCAUACUCGGGGAGUCGGUGACAGGUCGCAGUGGGCAAGUUGGAGGAGCAGUUCACAGCUACAACCAGGUGACAUCCAGCCGUGCAGCUGCCCAGUUAGCGGCGACAGACUCUCCGUCGCAGUCCCAGAGAGACUCAUUUGCCCAGCAGGCUCAUGGCAGCGCCUUCCACAUGCCCAGUGACGGUGGACCUGCACCUGUUGGACCAUCCAUGUACUACUCCUGUGCCACGUUACCUGCUCAGCGUGUCAGCUCCCCUUUGCAGGCAGUGGGAUCGCCCACUAAGCUGCAGCGCCUGGCUUCAGCCUCCUCUGAUAUGCCCAGCUACGCCACGCUACAGAGAGUGUCGUCGCCCAAACAGUCACCGAGCCGACUCGCCAAGUCCUACAGCACGUCAUCGCCCAUCAACAUGGUCGCGUCGGGCGGCUCCUCCUCGCCGCUCCCCAUGGCGGCGUCGCCGGGAGGGAACCACGGGUCGUCGCCGCUGCACCAGCUCAGCUCGGCGGUGGGAAGCUACGCCACGCUGUCGCCCAAACGCAUGCUGCACCACAUCGGAGCCGAGACGUACAAGAUCUCCCACGAGCUUUACGCCAACGCAACCCUGCAGAGGCCUGGGAGCCUGGGCGGUAGAGGCUCCAGAGGUUCCUACAGCAGCCAGCUCAGUCACCUGGGCGCUGAGCUGCGGCCUCUGCAGUCUCCUGAGCACCACAUCGACCCCAUCUAUGAAGACAGAGUCUACACCAAACCUGGCCUUAGAGGACAAGCCCCACCCUCCCCCGGUGUAGAUCCAAUCCCCUUGCAGCGAACGGGAAGCCAGAGCGCCACCGCAACCUUCCAGAGAGGCAGCUUCGCAACAGGAGGCGGUGCUUCUGACUUCGCCAACCCGUAUCGCACCCUGCAGUUCUGCCCAUCCACCGAGUCUCCGUACAGCAAGUCUGGCCCCGCCCUCCCUCCUGAACCCGCCCUGGGCCGGUCCCCCUCUGUGGACAGCAUCCAGAAGGAUCCAAGGUACGAUCCCGAAUUCCUUGUGUGGAAUCAAAAUCAAGCCGAGCAAAGAAUGACAAAGGAGUUCGGCUGGAGGGAUCCCGAGCUGCCAGAGGUGAUCCAGAUGUUGCAGCAUCAGUUCCCGUCAGUCCAGUCCAAUGCCGCUGCCUACCUCCAGCACCUCUGCUUUGGAGACAACAAGAUCAAAUCAGAGAUCCGGCGGCAGGGCGGCAUCCAGCUGCUGGUGGACCUGUUGGACCACCGGAUGACCGACGUCCACCGCAGUGCCUGCGGAGCGCUGAGGAACCUGGUGUACGGCAAAGCCAACGACGACAACAAGAUCGCCCUGAAGAACUGCGGAGGCAUUCCCGCUCUGGUCCGACUGCUCCGGAAAACCACAGAUGUGGAGAUCAGAGAGCUGCUCACAGGUGUCUUGUGGAACCUGUCGUCGUGCGACGCCCUGAAGAUGCCCAUCAUCCAGGAUGCUCUGGCCGUGUUGACCAACGCUGUCAUCAUCCCUCACUCGGGCUGGGACACGUCCCCGCACACGCAGGAGGACCGCAAACUGCAACUGCACUCGUCCCAGGUCCUUCGCAACGCCACAGGUUGUCUGCGGAAUGUGAGCUCGGCAGGAGAAGAGGCUCGCAGGAGGAUGAGGGAGUGUGAAGGCCUGACAGACGCUCUGCUCUAUGUUAUCCAGACGGCUCUGGGGAGCAGUGAGAUCGACAGCAAGACCGUAGAGAACUGCGUGUGCAUCCUGAGGAACUUGUCGUACCGUCUGGCUGCAGAGACAUCGCACAGCCAGCAGGGGGGGUCGGAGGAGCUGGAUGGUCUGUUGUGUGACACUGGUGGGAAGGACGGCGAGAGUUCCGGAUGCUGGGGCAAGAAGAAGAAGAAAAAGAAAGGACAUGACCAGUGGGACGGUGUCGGCCCAUUUCCAGAUUUGGCGGAGCCCCCGAAAGGCAUCCAGAUGUUAUGGCAUCCCACUAUUGUCAAGCCCUACCUCACACUGCUGUCUGAGUGCUCCAACCCAGACACCCUGGAGGGAGCAGCUGGGGCCCUGCAGAACUUGGCUGCUGGCAGCUGGAAGUGGUCAGUGUAUAUCCGGGCUGCAGUGCGUAAGGAGAAAGGCUUACCCAUCCUGGUGGAGUUGCUGAGGAUAGACAAUGAUCGGGUGGUGUGUGCCGUGGCCACCGCACUCAGAAACAUGGCUCUGGACAUCAGGAACAAGGAACUCAUCGGUAAAUACGCCAUGAGGGACCUGGUGCACCGUUUGCCCGGAGGCAGCAACAACAACAACACGACUGGCAGUGGGGGAGGAAGUGCAGGAGGCGCCAACAACAAUGGCAGCCUGAUGGGGAAGACCAUGUCGGACGACACCAUCACAGCUAUCUGCUGCGCAUUGCACGAGGUCAUCACUAAGAACAUGGAGAACACCAAGGCUCUGAGGGACGCUGGCGGCAUCGAGAAGCUCAUCGGCAUCGCCCGCAGCAAAGGAGACAAAAUUCCCAGACAUAGUCCCAAAGUGGUGAAAGCAGCGUCUCAGGUCCUGAACAGCAUGUGGCAGUACAGAGACCUGCGCAGCCUCUACAAGAAGGAUGGAUACUCUCAGUACCAUUUCAUCGGCUCUUCCUCCACGAUAGAGCGAGACAGGCAGCGACCUUACUCCUCCUCUCGCACUCCGUCUGUCUCCCCCGUACGGACCUCACCCAACAAUCGAUCAGCAAGUGCACCCGCUUCCCCCAGGGACAUGAUGCCGAUGAAUGAGAGGAAGGCAGACUAUGAGUCGACUGGCAAUUCCAGUUACCAUAGCAACAAGGGCGAGCACACGUCCCGCAAGGACGCCAUGACAACUCAAAUCUCUGGUGGCUCUUCAACACUACACAGAGGAGCAUACGUGUCUCCUACUGAUGACCGAAAGUAUAAUCAGGUCUCCUGUCAAGGUCUGCCGUCAGAGCCUUACCCUCCUUUCCAAAACCCUCCGCCGGUCGACACCGGCAACUACGAGGACCAGGCCUUCUACGAGAACCAGGUUCACGUGGGGGGGCGCCCCCCGCAGGGCGACCUCAACAUGCACCUGCAGGGCCUCAAGUCUACCGGCAACUACGUGGACUUCUACUCGGCCGCACGGCCCUACAGUGAGCUCAACUACGAGACCAGCCACUACCCAGCUUCACCAGACUCCUGGGUGUGAGAGGAGACAAAGGAGAGGAGGAGACGAGGAGGAGACGGAGGGAUGGACAGUGAAUGAGUAGGUGGAGGAGAGAAGACAAAAAGGACAGUCCCUUCCUCCCCGUCCUCCCCUGCUGUUCCUGAGUAGCAUCGUAUCGUAGGCAGCAGGAGGGCAGAGGAGGAGGAUGGAGCACAAGAAAUGAGACGUGAGGAGAAAAUCUAAGACAUUGCCGUCUUCUUCUUCCUCUUCUUCUUUUCUUUUUUUACAUGGAGGAGUGAGGACGAGGACCAGAGGCAAACGGAGGAGCGGCCACGCAUGUGCAUGCACACACCACCAACAACAAAUCAACAGACAGACUUUUUCUCUGGAGAAAGACCUUCAUGCACCUGAAAAAGCCUCUGGAUACAGAAGGUUUAAAAAAAAGAAAAGAGACGGGAAAGUGAUAGACGAAGACACGAAGGGGACACCAGUGUGAACGGAGAACGAAGAAGGACAAUGAAAGUGGACUCAGGGGACGCAAGGUUUUGGGGAUAGUGCGAGAGAGAGAGAGAGAGAGAGAGAGACUCACCUGUAAAUAUGUCGUAUAGCUAAGUGGCUUUUAGUAACGUGAAGCACAAGAGGCAGAGCUGUAGGACGUGUAGGACAUGUUUGGUUUCUUCUGUGGCUUCAGCGUGGUGUUUCCUCCUCCGGGCAAAGAACAUUUCCGGACUUUGUCAUUUGUAAGAGAUUUUUGGUUUUUCCUCUCUUUUCUUUUCUUUACUUUUCUUUCUCCUUUUUUUCGUUUGUGUUUCUACUUUUUUAAUUCCGGUUGUAUAGUAAUCGAUGUACAUUGUACAUUUUAAACGGAGACUCAUUGUGUUUACUGUACAUUGCACUAUUUUCUGUGUCAUGUCGGGCCUUUUUUUUCCGCUCACCUGCUCACAUGCUGAACAUCACUUUGUCGAAAACGCACCGCAAACACACGGACGAAACACUGGAUAAAUGCCGCUCCUGGUGCAGCAGGUGUUGGUGCUUCUUUUACUGUCCUGCUGAUAGUUUUUACAGAACGCGACGUAGCAUCGCUGCCAAAAUAUUGUUAUUUUUUUUAUUUUUACCUGCCUACAUCAACGCCACAAAUACAAGUUUUGUUUCCCUUCUUCACGUGAACUGUGUAUAUAACCGUGCCAAACAAGGGUUCAUUCCCGCCUCAGCUAUAAGGAGGAGAAAUGCGAGGAGGCGGAGUUAGUGUCGGGGUGCGUUCAAGGGUCCAAGUUCAGCUGAACAUCCUCACGGUUCCAACAAUGCCAGUUUGUAAAUGCUUUGGUUUUUCUAAGCUGUGUUUUACUGGGAUUAAAAAAACAAAAAAGUUUCUCACUGCACCUGGACGAGGGAGGACAAACUUUAAAAAUGAUUACAAAAAUAUUUAAAAAACAACAAAAAAAAUUAUGACCACGGGGGGGACUGUGACCAGGGUGGAACCUCGCUUCCUCCAAAGUUGUACAAAACUAGUUGAUUUUCUGUGUUGUAAAAUAAUCCAUGUUAAAAAAAAACAAAAAAAACACUUUUCUGAGAGAUGGUCAGCAGUUGUAACUUCAUGGUAGACUAAACUGUUAAUAGAGUCUGGAUAUAUAUUAUAUAAAUAUAAAUAUAUACUUUUUAUGUGCAGAUGUGGAUGUCACUUAUAGCAGCAACGUUAUGGUUAAAAAGACUUGUUUAAAAGAGAAACACACACACACAAAAAAAAAAUAAUAAUAAUAAUAAUAAAGAAAUAAAGAAACAGCAACAUGUAGAGAUUUUCGUUCACAGUUUUUUUUGAUUUUCCGGUCAAACACACUGACGUUUGUCGACUUUUGUGUCGUAAUGUUGUUGCUCUGUGGAGUAGAGUAGACGCAGGGAGCAGCGUUGUCACGGAAACAAGUCAAGUCACAUGGCUUUGGACUUGAGUCAGACUUCAUUUGACGACUUUAAGACUUGAAAUCAGUAACGGCUUCAUCCAAACGACUGUUUUCAGUCAAAAACUGGGUUUUUUCCUUAUCAGCAGAAAUCUGCACUAACGCACAUAUAUCACAGGAUCGUCUACGUACACAUUUACUCUCCCCUUCGCAGUUGUUUUAAGACGUUCCGCUAACGAGAGCUGGAUUCAGAAUAUGGAUUUUUUUUGUGCGAUUCCUUUCUUAAUUUAAAAAGGUCCGAUAACGAUUCAUGAAUUCCUGAGAUCGCUCAUUUAAAGACAAACUGCCCUGCAUGUUUGAGAUGUUGCUCUUCCUCCAUCACACCUGAUUCAAACAAGUCGGUCGUUAUGAAGCUUUGAUGACGAGCAUUUGAAUCAGGUGUGUUAGAGGAAGGGAAACGUUUAAAACAUGCACAGGGACUUUAAAUACACGCAAGAUUUGUGCAGAGGACCUUGACCGAGAUCCGUGUUCGCAAGUUUGUUCAUUACUUUGUCACCGAAAUACGCCCGAAAUACGUCCGAUGUCCACUCAGGAGGACAGUGUAGUCGUCCAUUGUCGCCGCAAAACAACAACAACAAAAGAAUCACUGUAGGCUUCUUCUGCGCCCUCUGCUGGACAAGUAGGUGAUUACUUCAAACUGUCUGAUGCGUUCCCGGUCUGUAUGUUUUGAACUUUUAACAGGUUUUUAAGGUUAUAAUCAGCCUCAAAUGAGACCACACUUCUAGAGUCUCUUUAUUUGAAAAUACUUUUUUUGAGGUAAAACGCACAAUUUGAAUUCCAUAAACCAAGAAAAUUAAAUUUUUGUUAAAUCUUCUUUUCUUUCUUUUAUUUCUGUGACAGAAUUAAGACUAAAUUGUUAAUAAUCUGCCAAAAUCCGAGGAACGACUGGACUGUAUCCACAAAGCUGGUUUUAAAAGUGUAAUAGUUAAUAAAUAAUAAGCAUCUGGAAAGUGACAACGUCAUGUAUGUGCUUGUGAUCCUUAGGCACAGAGAAACCUGACUGUAUGAAGAUAAAACAUUGGUAAAUGUUUUUGUUUUCCUUUGUUUUUGUUUUGUUGCUAGAUCAAACGUGUUUAAAAAAAGAAAAGAAGAGAGAAUUGUGAAUCUUUUUAUUGCCUCAAACAGAUUACAACUGCUCCAAAAAAAUAUAAACGGACCAUCAAAGGAAAUCUGAUUUCAUGAUAUUGUUUGUUCUCUUUAAAAAUUUAUUUGGACGCUG